AUGAGCGACCUCCAGGUCAUCGCGGAGCGCCUCGCGAACCCGCCCUUCGACAUCCACCUCUCCAUGGUCGACCUCGGGCAGCGCCAGGGCCUCGAUAUGCUCCAGCUCGUCAUGGACGCCUGCAGCCGAGUGCAGCCCAAGCUCACGCGCGCGGACGUGCGCCGCGAGGGCCCCCGCGUCGUCGCGGACCGCGUCGAACUCUUCCUCCGCAUGACCAAGUACCGUCCCCCGGGCGCGUCGAUGCUCCAGCCCGGCAUGCUCGUCGACGCGCUGGCCAGCGCGCAGAACGACACGCUGGUGCCGGUCCUGCGGUGGCUGGUUGGGCAGGGCGACGCGCUCACGCAGGCUGCGCACGUCGGGUGGUUCCUGACGAACCCCACGCUGCCGGACUCGAUCCGCAUGGACGCGGAGGCGCAGCAGCUGUUGGCGGACAUCAAGAGUCACCAGGAGGACUUCAUUGCGCUGCACAAGUCGCUGGCGGAGCAGGAGGCGGCCCGCGCGGACGAGUCCCGGCUGCAGGAGGACAUGAAGCAGCUGCAGGAGGACAAGCACCGCCUCGAGACGCGCGUGGAGCGGCUGCGCGAGCGCGUGCAGGAGAUCGAGGAGGGGGAGACGAUCGCCGCGGCGGCGCAGGCGGUGCGGGAGGCGCGCGAGGCCGGGCAGGUGCUGCGGCGGCAGAUCCGGAGCCAGGUGGACGCGCAGGGCGCGAUGCAGCGGCAGCUCGAGGAGAUGCAGUCGCGCACGCGGCAGCUGCGGUUCGUGAUGGAGGGCGGCAGCGCGGAGGAGAUCCUGCGCGCGCAGACGGAGGUGGUCGCGGACCUGCGCGUGCUCGUGCAGGAGACGCUGCCGAAGCAGCUCGAGCAGAAGGAGGCGCGGCUGCUGGCGAUGCGCCAGGCGCUGGCGUACCCGGCGGCGAGCGAGGAGGACCUGGGCGGCGUGACGCGGGAGCGCGACGAGGCGGCGCGGCGGCUGGCGGAGCUGGUUGCGGAGAAGCAGGGCGUGCAGGCGGCGCUGACGCAGGACAGGGGGUACUUGGCGCUGCGUCAGCAGCAGCAGAUGUUCGCGGCGUGCGAGCGGAAGCUGACGGACAUGCGCGCGAAGAAGGACCGCGUGGAGGAGAAGCGCCGCGCGCUGCUGCGCGAGCUCGAGGAGAAGACCGGCGCGCCCGGCGCCAACGGGGGGGGUGUUGCGGACUCCCCCCGGCCGGGGUCGUUCGGGGCGGCCGGGGGGGAGGUCACGCCCGAGGCGCUCGCGGCGCGCGAGGCGGCGCUGAACGCGCGCCUCCCGGAGUACCGCCGCGCGAAGGCGGAGCUGGGGGGUGUUGAAGCAGAGUCGUGGGUGCUGGACCGGACGGCGGCGCUGCUCGAGGCGCAGGCGGCGGCGAUGCGGGAGCAGGUGCACGAGAUCGAGGCGCAGUCCGGCGUGAAGGGGUACAGCGAGGCGUCGGCGCAGCUGGCGCGGGUCGGGCAGGGGGCGGGGGGGUCGGGCGGGUGGGGGGGGGGCGUCGGCGGCAUGACGGACGAGGCCGAGCGCACCGCGGUGGUCGGCGAGAUGGGCCACGCGGUGAACGAGGUGGGCGCGCGCAUCAAGGCGCGCGAGGCCGAGCUGGUGCCGCUGAUCAAGGAACGCCGCGCGUUGAAAGAGGAGGAGACGCGACUGCAGUCGAUUUUCGACGAGAAGUCUCGCGAGGCGCGGCGCGUGCUCGCGGAGGCCUCGUCGGGGUACCGCGCGCUCGAGGACGACGUCGGGCAGCUCCGCGGCCGCAUCGAGGGCGCGCAGCGGCAACACUUCCUGGCGCAGAGCUGCCUCGCGGGCGUCGUCGAGGCUCGGGUGAAGCUCGCGAACAUCUCCGAGGAGAACAAGCGCAUGCAGAUGCGCCUGAAGCGCACGCUCAGCGAGGCCGAGAAGCAGGCGGAGGCGCUGCGCCUGGACGAGAGGGACUCGGCCAAGGUGGCGACGUCGCUGGCGGGGCAGAACAAGGUGCUGGCGGGGCUGAAGGACCUGCUCGACGCCAAGCUGCGGAGCCGCGGCGCGGACGGGACCGGCGGGUUCGGCGACCAGCAGGAGUUUACGACGGCAGCGGGGAACGUGUUUGUGCUGUGA